CCACGAGCUGUCUCUAAAUACUAACCAUUCGUACACAAAUGCCAAAAAUCAUGACCAUACACAUGUAAGCUUCUCCUUGCAGUACAGGUUCCAAAAGGGAACAACAAGAAGAGCAGAGGAGAAGAAUCUGUGUGUCAUCUUGCUCUGUGCAAAAUGAAACAAGGACAAGAGCGAGAACAAGAACAAUAAGAAUCUGUGUGUUGUCUUACUUUGUGCAGAUUCCAAAAGGGAAGAAGAACAACAACAAGAACAGAGACACGAACGAGGAUAGGAAGAUGUAUGUGGUGGGGAGCAAAGGAGGAGCGAUGGGAUGUAUGAUACUGUCGUUGAUAUGCUUGGGGAGUUGGCCAGCGAUUCUGACGCUGUUGGAGAGGAGAGGACGUCUCCCUCAACACACGUUUCUUGACUUCACCACCGCAAAUCUCUUGGCCGCCGUCGUAAUCGCCUUCACUCUCGGCGAGUUCGGCACCAGCACCCCUCGUUCCCCUGACUUCACCACCCAACUCUCUCAGGAUAACUGGCCCUCUGUAUUGCUAGCUGUUGCCGGCGGCGUGCUUCUCAGCGUUGGCAAUUUGGCAACGCAAUACGCUUUCGCCUUUGUCGGGUUAUCAGUUACCGAAGUUAUCACAGCGAGCAUCACUGUCGUCAUAGGCACGACGCUGAAUUACUUCUUGGACGGCAAGAUCAACAAAGCCUCGCUCCUUUUUCCCGGCGUUGGCUGCUUCUUGGUCGCUGUUUUUCUCGGUGCAGCCGUUCACUCGUCCAAUGCAGCUGAUGUCAAAGUGAAGCUCGAGAAUUUGCAGAGCGAAUGCGCAGUCGAGACAGAAGAUUUCUAUACUUCCAUAACAAAAGGAGACAACCCUGAAAAAGAGGAAACAGAUGUCGAGUGUCAAGAUGGAACAACAGGGAAGGCGAAAGCAGGAACCGCGGGAUUCCUAAUAGAGCUGGAGAACAAAAGGGCUAUCAAGGUGUUCGGAAAGAGCACACUGAUCGGGCUGUCAAUAACUGUCUUCGCCGGAAUCUGCCUCUCUCUCUUCUCUCCGGCAUUCAACUUGGCAACCAACGACCAGUGGCAAACCCUGGCAAACGGCGUGCCUAAACUGGUCGUCUACACGGCGUUUUUCUACUUCACCAUCGCCGGUUUCAUCAUAGCUCUCGUUCUCAACCUCAUCUUCCUCUACCGACCCGUGGUAGGCUUGCCUAGAUCAUCCCUAAAGGCGUAUUUCACAGACUGUGAAGACAGGUGUUGGGCCAUUCUUGCUGGUUUCCUCUGCGGUUUCGGGAACGGUCUCCAGUUCAUGGGCGGUCAAGCUGCCGGAUACGCAGCCGCAGAUUCUGUCCAGGCACUUCCAUUGGUGAGCACAUUUUGGGGAAUAAUAUUCUUCGGGGAGUAUCGGAGGUCGUCACGGAGGACGUACGUACUUCUGGUGAGCAUGUUGGCUAUGUUCGUUGCCGCGGUGGCCAUUCUCAUGGCUUCCUCCGGCCACCGGAAGUAAGCUUUUUACUAUGAUAUGCCCAAGAACACUGUAUAUAUACACAUAUAUCAUACGUGAGAAAUAUAUGAUGAAAUAUUUGAAGCGAUGUUACAUUAGAUGGGUUUUUUUUUAUGUGAAACAAUAUCAAAGAAUAAUAUUUAAUUUU